AUGGACACUUCUAAUGCGAAUCUCGACAAAUUCGCCAACUUCGAUGUCAUUCAGACCGCAUACAAGAAAGUCCAGGAUUAUGAGAUCAGAGCGGACUUCGUGAUCCCCAAAUCGAAGUUUACCGGAAAACGACCGGUGAUUGUACGCUUCCACGGUGGUGGUUUGAUAACCGGGGAUUCCCUGAUGAAAGAAUGGUUCCCCACGUGGCUACUGGAGCUUGCGGCAAAGCACAACGCUGUCAUUGCUACCCCCAACCACCGAUUGCUGCCCGAGUCCAGCUCCACGGAGAUAUACGAGGACGUCGAAGAUUACUGGACCUGGUUGCACUCGUCGACCGUGGCAGACCUGCUGUCUUCUUCCGUGAACCCAACAGAGCUCGAUUUCGCGCGAGUCAUCACUGCCGGUGAAUCCGCCGGUGGUCUACUGAGCAUCAGCCUUGCACUGUCGCAUCCCGACGAAAUCCGAGCCGCCACGGGCAGUUAUCCCGCAAUCGACAUGGCGUCGGUACAUUUUGGUGGGCCGAGCCCGCCGCCGCUAGAACCGCCUCUCCCGGCGACGUUGGUGCGUGAUCAUGAGAGCAAGAUUCAACCCGGGGAUGUCGUUUCGACUGGACUUUCGUUGGAGCGCUUCCAGUUGAUGAUUGCCGCCAUCCACUUCGGGGAUCUCACGGGCCUGUACGAGCGCGGAACGAAGGGCCAGCCACGGGGCCGCUUCUAUCCCAUUGAAAAGCUCGAUGAACCAGGAGUCAAGCUUCCCAGGGGUGGCAUCUCCAUCAUGCAUGGUGGACAAGACACUUUCGUUCCAGUGGACGGCGUGGAGAAGUUUGUGCAGAAGGCUCGCGCGGUGGCGAGGGCGCAGACGGCGGAGAGUAAGAUCAUCCUAACGGUGCGGGAUGGAAUGCAUGGCUUCGAUCUGGAGACGCCCUUAAACGAACAGUGGUUGAGUGAUCAUCUGGCUGUGUCUGUUAAGGCGUGGUUAGAGUGA